GGAAAAAUUUUAUGCAAAAAUAAAAUAAAAUAUUAUACGAAAAAACUAUAUCUAUCUAUAUAUGAAAAGGAGCAUCAGGUGGUUGGAAGUUGGAAGAAAUGGUGUAUGCUGCUGCUUCACUCUCACUCUCGCCCCCUUUCACUCCCAAAAACUCAAAAUGCAUUUUACCUUUCCAUUUUCUUAAAUUUUCCAACAAAUUCAAUUUCAGACCUUCGCCAACGAUUCCAUCUUGUUGCUCUCAGAAAAGAAGCAUUGCACUGCCGGAACAUGGGCAAGAUGAGAGAAUUGGGACAGUGAACACUGCGUCAAUCACAAACAAGCCCGUUUCAUUCAGCAAUUCACUAGAUAUUCAGCAAGGUGGCCUGCCUCCUCUAGUUAGCGCAUUGAAAGCUUCAGCUGAAGAAAAUGCUGCCACUUUUCACUUUCCUGGACAUAACAGAGGCCAUGCUGCUCCGGCUUCGAUGACUCAACUCAUUGGAAUAAGACCAUAUGUUCAUGAUUUGCCUGAGCUUCCUGAACUUGACAACCUCUUUUGUCCCCAAGGGCCCAUAUUAGAAGCACAAACAAAAGCAGCCAAACUGUUUGGAUCAUCAGAGACAUGGUUUCUUGUCGGAGGCACUACUUGUGGGAUCCAGGCAGCAAUAAUGUCAACCUGUUCACCGGGAGAAUUUCUGAUUCUUCCUAGGAAUUGUCAUUUAUCGGCUAUAUCUGCGAUGGUAUUAUCUGGUGUAGUGCCUAAGUACAUUGUCCCUAACUAUAAAAAUGAUUGGGACAUCGCUGGCGGUGUCACUCCAUUACAGGUAUUGAAUGCUAUCCAGGAACUGGAAUUGGAAGGAAAAAAAGCAGCAGCAGUUUUCAUCACUUCACCUACUUAUCACGGUAUUUGCAGUAACUUGAACGACAUAUCUGAGUUGUGUCAUUCACAUAAGAUUCCUUUGAUUGUUGAUGAAGCUCAUGGUGCACAUCUAGGAUUUCAUUCUGAACUGCCUAGCUCAGCCCUCCAGCAAGGUGCUGAUCUAACUGUACAGUCUACUCACAAGGUUCUAUGCUCUCUUACUCAGUCAUCUAUGCUGCACAUGUCAGGCAACAUUGUAGAUAAAGAAAAAAUAUCCAGGUGUCUCCAAACUCUCCAAACCACAAGUCCUAGUUACCUGCUUUUGGCAUCUCUAGAUGCUGCUAGAGCUCAACUUGGUGAAAGCCCUGAAAUUGUAUUCAACCCAGCGAUUGCAUUAGCAAAUGAAGCCAAGUGCUUACUAAAACGAAUCUCUGGCAUCUCAUUGCUUGAGAAUUCAAGCUUUUCAAACUUUCCUGCGAUUGAUCCUUUGCGGCUUACUGUAGGUUUUUGGGAACUUGGUUUAUCAGGUUAUGAAGCAGAUGAAAUCUUAUGUAGGGAUUUUGGAAUCAUCUGUGAACUCGUUGGGAAUAAAUCUAUCACUUUUGCACUGAAUCUUGGAACUUGUAGGGACCAUGUCCAAAGGCUUUUAUCAGGAAUAAAGCAUCUAGCUGCCACAUGUUUUUCCAUCAAGCAGCCCAAAGACAGAUUGGUUACCGAUCAUGCACCCUUUGAUGAUAUAAUCAUGAGCUUAAUCCCUAGAGAUGCAUUUUUUGCAAAUAAAAGAAAAGUAACAGUGAAGGAGAGCAUCGGUAAGGUUUCGGGGGAGCUUAUAUGUCCAUACCCUCCAGGCAUACCGGUAUUGAUCCCCGGUGAGGUUAUUACUGAGAGAGCCGUCGAUUAUCUACUCCAUUUAAUCAGUAAAGGUGCUGACAUUAUUGGAGCAUCUGAUCCCUUACUUUCUUCUAUAGUUAUCUGCGAUGUACAGUAAAAAUAGCUGGUGAGAUGUGAGAAGAACCUUGAAGCUAUAUAGCACCGACACUUCAGAUUGAAGGUGCGUCUGGUGUCCUACAUGUAUCGUUGUCUUACAUCGACACAAUACAGAUACCUGUGUUACAUUCAAUCACAUUUUUUCAAAUCAUUACUAACUUUUAUGAGUUAGUCUAUGUGCCAUGCCUGUGUUAGUGUUCCACGGCCUUGAAGUUUAAAACUUCUCAAAUACCCUUCUCUAGCCUUUGCAUCACACCAGAAGGUCUCAUACAAUUGACAAAUAUUUCAGACAGAUGAAGAAAUUCUUAGGUAGUUAUUCAAUCAACAAUUGCUAGCAGUGAUUGAAUAAGGUCAACUAAAUACCUGUUAAUCACUACAAUAUAUAUUUUCAAUUUUCAUAAUUAAAUAGCAGUCUGAAGAAUAAUAGUGAAUGUAUUAAACCAUGCAAAUUUCUCCUCUCAGGAUAAGGUCAACAUUACUUGUAAAUUCUGUACUCAACUCAGCUGUAUUUAGAGUUAGUUUUGGAUGAGCUUUACAAGAAUGGCUAUGGCAAAAGAAUUAUGAAAAUAAUCUUAUACUAUAACUAUGAAGUAUGUAACCUUUUUUUGCUCUGUAAGAGCCUUUGUAGUGUACA